AAGAAUCACAAGCAGGUCAGAUCAGCACACCAACACCAACAAGCUAGCUAGCGCGACCGAGCAAGCGAAAGAGAGGCCGAGAACGAAUUUGAUUGAUCUUGUUGGUUCUCGGUAGCAAAUCAAGAUGGCGCCCCUGCCACCGGCGGCGCUGCUCGCCGCGUGCGCCUUGCUCGCCACCAUGGCGCUCCACGGCGCGCGGGCGCAGCAGCUGAACCCGGCCUACUACGACGAGUCGUGCCCGCACGUCUACGACACGGUGCGGCGGGUCGUCCAGGAGGCGCGCACCGCCGACCCGCGCAUCCUCGCCAGCCUCGUCCGCCUCCAGUUCCACGACUGCUUCGUCAACGGCUGCGACGGGUCGCUGCUGCUGGACGACGGCCCGGCGGUGAACAGCGAGAAGAAGGCUGCCCCGAACAGCAACUCGGCGCGGGGGUUCCCGGUGGUGGACGGCAUCAAGGCCGCCCUGGAGAGCGCGUGCCCCGGCACCGUCUCCUGCGCCGACAUCGUCGCGCUCGCCGCCGAGGUCUCCGUUGAGCUGGCGGGAGGGCCCUACUGGAGGGUGCUGCUGGGCCGGAGGGACGGCAUGACGGCCAACUUCGACGCCGCCGACAACCUCCCUGGCCCCACGGACGCCCUCAACGUCCUUAGGCAGAAGUUCGCCGGCCUCGGCCUCGACGACACCGACUUCGUCGCCCUCCAAGGAGCACACACGAUCGGCCGGUCGCAGUGCAGGUUCUUCCAGGACAGGCUCAACAACUUCGCCGGCACCGGGCAGCCGGACCCGACGCUGGACGGGGCGUACCUGUCCGCCCUGCAGCAGAGCUGCCCGGCCGCGGGCGCCGACAUGCGCCUCAACAACCUCGACCCGGCCACGCCGGACGCGUUCGACAACAGCUACUACCACAACCUCCUGCGCAACCGCGGCCUGCUCCGGUCCGACCAAGUGAUGCUCUCGGCGCCGGAAGGUGCCGCCACCUCCACGGCGCCCAUCGUCGAGCGGUUCGCCGCUAGCCAGGCUGACUUCUUCCGGAGCUUCGCCACGGCGAUGAUCAAGAUGGGCAACAUCGCCCCACUGACCGGAAACAUGGGGGAGGUCAGGAGGAACUGCAGGGUGGUGAACAGAAGCUGAUCAGCCGGUGGUGAACAGAGUCAUUCAUUUGAUUUUUUUAUAUAUUUUUCCUUUUCAAGGAAUUCAAUUUUUUCACG